UACUGCAAUUUUUGUCACCAGACCCAGACUUGCUCCAUCCGUCCUUCCGAUCGUGGACCUCAUCGGGUCAUGCUUUUGUCUUCACAAACAGCAAUCCGCCCUUUCGCAUACGAGUAUCGAUCAAGCACAAGAUAGUCCGUCCCAAUCUUUUCUGUCCAAGCAAUCAAUCAAUACACAAUGGCCGAAUCCAAAGACGUCGACAUGGCCGAUGCCGCCGCCGCCCCUGCCCCCGCCCCUGCCAAGUCUGGUCCGGCCCCUCCUCGAUUUGAGAUCAAAAAGUGGAAUGCGGUUGCCAUGUGGAGUUGGGAUAUCUGUGCCGACACGUGUGCCAUUUGCCGAAACUCGUUGAAUGAACCUUCCAUUGAAUAUCAAGCCAACCCCAGUCCCACAAAUGACAAUGGACUGAGUAUUGCCUUUGGAAACUGUGGUCACGUCUUCCACUUGGAUUGCAUUCAGCGUUGGUUGAAAACACGAUCAGUCUGCCCUCUCUGUAACAAGGAAUGGGACUUUGCCAAAAUUGAACGUAUUCCUGGCUAUGGACAACUGGGAAUUUAAUAAUAAAAGCAAGCACAAAACGAAAGGGCAACAAUUUGCGCAAAACAAAAGAAGAAAUCACGUCUUGUGACGGACCGAACGGACGGACCGUCGCAAGCACAAUCUACAAGAACUCGACAACCCCGAAAAAGAGCUUGAGCCACGAGAUCCCUUGGGCGUUCUGACAGAUCUACAUACUAUAGCUGUAAGGCAGAGAGCUGGGUUUAUAUAUAGAAACUGGUUCCAGGCUUCGAGCUAACAUAUAGACACGAAGUGUCAAAUAAAUAGAUACAGUAGGAACUCUACUCCUUUAUCCU